GCUACGCCGAGCAAAGUCUAGGAAGAAUUUUGCCAGAUAUCGGGAUACAGAGCUAACAUAUUUAUCCGCAACACCUACCGAAGAGUUUGUGGUCUAACCGUCCUGUGGCGCUGACCUGUCGAGAUGGCUGACAACAGGGACAAAGCUACCGAUCAAAUGAAGACAUGGAAGGAGAGCAGGGCCUUUCAGAAGCCAGACACACUGACAACAGGGGCUGGCCAUCCUGUUGGAGACAAGCUGAACCUGCAGACUGCAGGCCCAAGGGGUCCUCUACUGGUGCAAGAUGUGGUCUUCACAGAUGAGAUGGCCCACUUUGACCGGGAACGUAUCCCAGAGAGAGUGGUGCAUGCCAAAGGGGCGGGGGCAUUUGGUUACUUUGAGGUGACUCAUGACAUCACUCGCUACAGCAAAGCCAAGGUGUUCGAGCACGUCGGCAAGACUACACCUAUUGCUGUCCGCUUCUCCACUGUGGCCGGUGAAUCAGGAUCAGCCGACACAGUGCGAGAUCCCAGAGGCUUUGCAGUCAAAUUUUACACCGAGGAGGGCAACUGGGACCUGACGGGCAACAACACCCCCAUUUUCUUCAUCAGGGAUGCCCUGCUGUUCCCGUCCUUCAUCCACUCUCAGAAGCGCAAUCCCCAAACCCACAUGAAAGACCCUGACAUGGUGUGGGACUUCUGGAGCCUGAGGCCAGAGAGUCUGCAUCAGGUGUCUUUCUUGUUCAGUGAUCGAGGUUUGCCUGAUGGCCACCGCCACAUGAACGGCUACGGCUCUCACACCUUCAAACUGGUGAAUGCCGCUGGCGAGCGGUUCUACUGCAAGUUCCACUACAAGACUGAUCAAGGAAUAAAGAAUCUGACAGUAGAGGAAGCAGACCGCCUGGCUUCCAGCAACCCAGAUUAUGCCAUUGGAGACCUGUUCAACGCCAUUGCCAAUGGCAACUUCCCAUCCUGGACCUUCUACAUCCAGGUUAUGACCUUUGAGCAGGCUGAGAAGUUCCAGUUCAACCCCUUCGAUCUUACCAAGGUUUGGUCACAUAAAGAAUACCCUUUGAUCCCUGUGGGCAAACUGGUAUUGAACAGGAACCCAGUCAACUACUUUGCAGAGGUGGAGCAGCUGGCCUUUGACCCCAGCAACAUGCCACCGGGCAUUGAGCCGAGCCCCGACAAGAUGCUGCAGGGUCGUCUCUUCUCCUACCCAGACACACAUCGACACCGGCUGGGAGCCAACUAUCUGCAGAUUCCUGUCAACUGCCCCUUCAGGGCCCGUGUGACCAACUACCAGCGUGAUGGUCCCAUGUGCAUGUUUGACAACCAAGGUGGAGCUCCAAACUACUAUCCCAACAGCUUCAGUGCCCCAGAUACACAGCCUCAGUUUAUGGAGUCCAAGUUCAAGGUGUCUCCUGAUGUGGCACGCUACAACAGUGCAGAUGAAGAUAAUGUCACACAGGUCCGUGCCUUCUACACCCAGGUGCUGAACGAAGAGGAGCGCCAGAGACUUUGCCAAAACAUGGCAGGGGCCCUGAAAGGAGCCCAGCUCUUCAUCCAAAAACGCAUGGUUGAGAACUUGAAAGCAGUCCAUCCAGACUAUGGAAGCCGGGUUCAGGCCCUUCUCAACAAGUACAACGCAGAGGCCCAAAAGAACACAAACGUGCAUGUUUACAGCCGUCCAGGAGCCUCGGCCAUCGCCGCUUCCUCCAAGAUGUGAUGCCUUACAUUUCCACCAGGGGGCAGACCCCACAUUAAUCUAUGAGCAAAUGCACUUAUGCGACUACCAGUGACAAGAUUUGACCUAACUUUCCGUCUGAAAUACUAACCUGUAGUGUCAGGGUUGUGGUGAGUUCAUGUUUAAUUCAGUCAAUCCAAACAUUUAAUUUUCUCCAAAAUUGUCAAAGCUAGCGACUUUCACAAGGCUCUUGAUCUCUGAUAAAACCCUAUGAGGUUAAUUUGUCUUGACUGAACAGCAGCUUUGAAAUAAAAAAUCAUUUUUUUAAACAAACUAGAACAGAUUUUGAACAAUGAACAUGCCCAUCUUGGGUGUUUGACUUUUACCGCAUAAAGGCCUUUAAAGUAAUACUUAACUGUAUUUACAUUUUCAUUUGAUUGCAUUACAUCAGUUAGCCCCAACUGCUGUUGAAGUCUGUGACAAGAGAUGAUUGUUUCAAAUAAUUCCUCAGGUUGUGUGUACUACUAUGUGAUGAUGAUCUAAAUCCUGCAAUUCAAAGUGUCUUCUGUCAGCAGUCAAAUAACUUUUUAAAAAUGUAUAUAUUAAUAAAUAUUAUGCCAGACGUGCACUGCAUGAAUCUUAACUUUAGGUUCAAGCUGGUAAAAUACCUUGAGUUAUGCAGGACGGGCUCAUGGCUUUGCUAAUGGCAGUGCUUUUGGUUUCACUAUGGACAAUGAUCAGUUUUGGCUAGUUUUCUGACAAUAAUUAUAAAAAGCUAUUUUAUUUUAAACGGGUAGAAAUGACAGUGAGAAACCUGUGUCCAGUCACAUUGUUAGUUGUUUCCUUGUGGGUGUCGGCAUCUCUCAUCAGAUAUGCCAUUAAUGAAGAGCAAGUUUCAAGAUGAGGAAUUAUUUCCACUACAGCUAAAACAAUAGUGCCUUUUUUGUUUGCCAAAACUACCAAAUACAGAUUAUUUCAACCUUAAACUGGAAGAAUCAGUUAUGAAUUGCUCUGUUUGGUGAUGUAGUUUUCAACAUGUCCUAAUCCGUAGGAGGAGACUGUAGAUGAGUUAAAGAUGUAAAUUGUUGCUAAAUCUACACUGGCAAAUUAAUUCUGAUCUUAAAUGGUAUUAAUAUGAAUAACUGCCCAACUACUGUUUUUGUUACAAUUAAAUGGCAUAUUACAAAAUCUGA